AUGCCGGGCGGGACCGCGUCGCACGCCUCGUCCGGUCUGCAGUGCUGCAUGCGCCGCCCCGGGGUCGCGGACUCGACGCCGCGGCGCCCGCGCGGCGCGCGCUCGGUCGCGGACGACAUCGCCAUUCAUUCCCCCGGAACUUUCGUCGCGACGACGACGACAGCUGUGACGCGCCGCGAGACGACGACGACGACGACGAAGACGGACGAGACGCGCGACCUCGCGGCGCGCCUCGCGUCCGCGCUCGACGUCGGCGCGACCUCUCUCGUCGACAUCGAAAACGCGGGCGCGGUCGCGAGCGCCAAGGCCGCCGCGACGCCUUCGAGAUCGCCAAACGGAGCCGCCGCGCGCCGCGCGUUGACCGACAUCGCGAACGCGCAGCGCCGCGCGUCCGCGGCGGGCGUCAGAUCUCGCUCGCCGUCCGUUUCCGCGUUGCCCCUCACGCCGACGUCGGCGUCCGCGCCGCGUCGUCGCGAUACCGAGACGACGAAACCGGGAGCCGCGGGGUCGCUCGCGACCGCGGCCGCGCGCGCGGCGGCCAAGCUGCGGAACGGCGCGUCCGCGUCCGCGACGCCGCCGCCGCAGACGACGACGACAAAGGACGACGUCGCGGCGUACGACACGCCGGGCAUCACGGACGGCGCGGGGGGCGGCGGCGCGGCCCGUCGCCGCCGCGGCGCGGGCGCGCUCGAGGACUCGCCCGCGGAUCGCAUCUACCGCGAGUACAACGCGUACCGCGCGGAGAAGGACGCGGCGUCGUCGUCGUCGUCGUCGUCGUCUUCUAAGGCGACUGUCGCGAUGGCGGCGGCGAUGAAGAAGAAAUCGUCGCCCGGGUACAGGAUCAGCGCGUCGGUGUCGCCGACGACCGCCCUCGUGAACCUCGCGACGGCGUCCGCGAUGAAGAAGAAAAAAGCCCCGGACCCGGUCGGCGUCGUCGCGCCGCUCGUGGACUUCUUCUCGAACCGAGGCCACGGCGCGCGCGGGGUGAACGUCGCGUCGACGUCCGCCUCGAACGGCGUCGGCGGCGUGGGCGUGGGGGUAGGAGGAGGGAACGAGACCCCGACCGGGGAGGAAGCGCGCGCGGCGAUUCGAGCGUUGACGUCGCGCGGGCCGCACCCGCCGCUUCGCCGCAGACCGACAGACGACGACGACGACGACGACGACGACGACGCGCCGCCGGAGAGAUCGCCAUCUAACGCGUCGGCGCCCGCGCGCCCGCCGCCGGACUCGAAAGCCGCCGCCGUCGCGCUCGCGAGCGCGCUCGGUCGCUGGCGCGAAGCCGCCGCCGUCGUCGCGACGCGGCGAGAGUCGGAGAAGAUCCAGAACGCGCUCGCGGACGAGCUCCGAGCGCAGGCGAAGAUGUGCGACGCGGAGGUCAACGCGCUCGCCGAGGACGUGGAGUGCCUGACCGUCGCGCUCGGCGAGGCGACCGAGGCGACGGGAACAGAUCGCGGGUCGAUCGCGAGGCUACGGUGGCGAUGGGCCGCGCGGGCGGGGGUCCUCGCGGUGCGCGCGGCGAAGGACCGACGCGACGCGAAGAAGCAGCGCAAUCGCGCGAAGCGGCUCGAGGGCGAACUCAGCGCGUCGCGCGAGCGGCUGGACGCGGCGACGGCGGCGAGAGACGACGCGAGGGCGAAACUCCGAGCGGAAAUUCGCGCGGAACUCCGCGACGAGAUGCGAAUGGAGGCGGCGCGGGCGGCCGCCGCGGAGGCGGCCGAGAUCGCGAAGCGACGGAUCGAAGCCUCCGUCAUGUCCGGCACCGUCAACGCGUGCAUCGAGCGCGUGCUGCGCUCGGCGUCGUCGUCGCAGAUGAAGCAAGUCGCGAAGGCAAGGCGCGACGCGACGGCGCGAGCCGUGGUGAACCUCGCGCACAUGAGAGACCGCGGGUUGGAGACGCUUCGGUUGGGCGAGAGCGGGACCCUGAACAAUAACGGCGUGGACCCGAUCGAGCUCGUGUCGUUGAUCGCGGUCCACGCGCUGGAGCGGUGCGAGGCGCAUCCGCACGGCGACGGCGCUAGGGCGUUUUAUCGCGCGGCGCGGAGGAUCGAGCUCGCGGCGCGCGCGUGCCAGCCUGAUUACCGCGGCGAGGGGAAGACGAGGGGCGGGCUGACCCCGCGCGGGGGGGAGGGCGUCAGGGGGGGGGCGCACGUCGUCGAGACGCCGCUGCGCGAGGGGAAGGAGAACUGA